UUCGAGCUCGGAGAUGAGCGUCGCGACGCCAACCAAAGUCAACAAGAGUUUUUCCAUCGAAUCGCUUCUAAGUCGCGAUGAUAAGGACCAUCGUCGUAUACAGGAUGGUCCUGCGAUGGUCCCAGGACCUUUCGGAAACUUCAAGUGCGAAGGUGUCGGUGACUUUUACCGUGGGGAUGUACAUUUUGUUAGUGAAGUUUGCACGAAAGACGAAGCGACGGCGCCGCAAAACAGCGGAACAGGUCCAGAUGAGUUAUACCAGAGAAAUUAUUCAGAUGAUUCCAAAUCCGACGAUGACAGGAAGAAGAGACCCAGGACCGCGUUUACAGCGGCCCAAAUAAAAUCCUUGGAAGCAGAGUUCGAGCGCAACAAAUAUCUUUCAGUCGCCAAACGGUGUCAACUAUCGAAGUCAUUGAAGCUAACCGAAACGCAAAUCAAAAUAUGGUUUCAAAAUCGCCGCACAAAGUGGAAGAGGAAGUAUACCAACGAUAUAGAGAUUCUAGCUCAACAGUACUACAGUUCCAUGGGCAUCUUGACUCCACGUCCGAUUUUCUUAGGUGACAGAUUAUGGUUCUUUAAUUACGGGAAUCAAAGUGGAGGUCCAAACGUGUCUUCGCAGAUGGUUCCUGCAGUGGUUCCGAUGCCUUCGACGUUGCCUCCAUCCAUGGUACCAGCCUUGACCAGCGCUCAAUGUUUACCCUCGUACAACGACUACCCGGAAACCGGGCAACCGGAAACGUCGCCCAUCCUGCAGCUACAAAACUUUGGAAGGACCUUCGAUAAUUCAUGAUAUAUCCGUUAAACGUGCACUAAUUUA